AUGGCUUAUCAUCUAGUCUCGGGGAUUGUGUAUGCCUUGGGCCUCACUGCCGGAGUUACGGCUCUAUCAUAUGGUGACUCCGUGACCAAGUCUCCCUUUGAGAAGCAGUUUUCUCAGGAGUUUCGUGAUGGAUAUAGCAUUCUAAAGCACUACGGUGGCAAUGGACCUUAUUCAGAGAGAAGAUCAUUCGGUAUUUCACGCGACCCACCGGAAAGCUGUGCCGUCGACCAAGUGAUCAUGAUCAGGCGACAUGGAGAGAGGUACCCGUCACCAGCACUCGGCGAGGGCAUCGAAAAGACGCUGGCGAAAUUGCAAAGCUCUGGCGUUGAAGAGUUCAAGGAAGAUCUCUCCUUUUACAAUGACUGGUCCUACUACGUUCCCAACAAGUGCUACUACAACGCCGAGACCUUCAGCGGGCCCUACGCAGGUCUUCUAGAUGCUUACACCCACGGCACGGAGUACCGUGAUCGAUACGGCCAUCUGUUGGACGAAGAUUCCGUCGUACCAUUUUGGGGCAGUGGAUAUGGACGCGUUAUUGCCACUGCUCGCAAAUUCGGCGAAGGCUUCUUUGGGUACAACUAUUCGACAAACGCCGCUCUCAAUAUUAUCUCCGAGUCGGAGAGCAUGGGAGCCAACAGCCUGACCCCUUCUUGUGAUACCGACAAUGAUUAUACCACUUGCGAUAACUUGACCAACCUUAUGCCGCAGUUCAAAGUUGCAGCGACACGCUUGAAUUCGCAAAAUCCUGGUCUUAGUCUCAACGAAUCGGACGUCUACUACCUGAUGUCAAUGGCUUCAUUUGAGCUCAAUACCCGUGCCUUCUCAGAAUGGAUCAAUGUAUUCAUCCAGGACGAGUGGGUGAGCUUCGGCUACGUCGAAGACAUGAACUAUUACUACUGCGCUGGUUUGACCCUCCUUAAUGAAGGCCCCGAGAAGGCGGCCCCUCUCUACCUCAACUUUGCCCAUGACACAAAUAUCACACCAAUUCUCGCUGCCCUAGGUGUGCUGAUUCCAGACGAGGACCUCCCAUUGGACCGUGUUCCAUUCGGGUCAUUCGUUCGCUUGGUCCUCAACGAGGCCGUGCUUCCAUUUGACAAGUGCACAUCUGGCCCCGGCUAUUCCUGCUCUCUGGAAGAUUACGCUUCGAUUGUCUCGCAGAAUCUUGUAGACUACAAGUCUACUUGCAAGAUCCCUUCGUCAUGCCCACAGUCUCUUGACUUUUGGUGGAGUUACAACACUACGACGGAGCUAAACUACCGCACCACUCCUGUUGCGUGCCAGGAAGGCGACGCCAUGCAGUGA